UUUUCCUUUUACCUUUCUCCCCGUUCCCAUCUAAUCAACUGCUUGGAUAGAUACACUAGAUACAUCACUUCAAAGUCUGGAAAUUGGUUUAAAACCCAAUAUCUUUGUAGUUGUAACCAAUCCAUUCUCCUGGAUGGCUUAUUAUCGUCACUAUCAUGUCCAGUCGCUUUCCAGCGGUAUGGAGGACCUUCCUUGUGACUGGUUAAAUAAUAUCUUUGAAGACCCCUUGUUGACCGAUAGAGUAAUCAGUGAUAUUGCACCCACUCCUCAUAUACAAGCCGAGCAUAGCUACUCCUUGAUGACCGAGCCGACUCCACCUUCUCCAUUACUACCAGGUUUUCGAUUAGAUGACUUUGGAAAGGAUUUAGAUACAGAUGGACUUGGUUAUUCUAGUACAGCUGAACACACAGUAUAUGGAAUCAAACAGGAACCACCUAUGGAUGAAUACGAGACCGCUCUGAAUCUAUCCACUACUGAUGACUGCAUGACAUGCGAUUUACCAGCACCGCAACCACCACGUAUACAAAUGACGACAACACCAAUCUUUAACAUGUCACAGAGCAAACCCAGGGUUCAGUACCGAAUAAAACAAGAACAUAUCGACAUGGAUAUUGAUAACGACUCAUUACAUGAUCCCACCAUGGAACAAGUUCAUAUGCCACCCACACCACCAAGCAGUACUCCAAGUGACAGUGAAGGUGGACUCAGUCCACAUAGAUCUGCAUCUGAACCUGGAAGUCCACCAUGCAUGACAGGAAAACAGAUCCCAUCCAUGACAUUGGCUCAACCCCACACAACAUCGACAGUAUCAUCACAACAGCCAAGAGAACAACAACAACAACACACAUCAACAUCUGGACCAAAGAUUGUACAACAUCCAGUGAUAACCACACAACUAAACCAGAAAAUCCCUCCAUCUGGUGCGAUAAUAUUGUCCGAAGAAGAAAAACGCACACUCGUACAAGAAGGAUAUCCAAUACCCACAAAACUUCCACUGACAAAGGCAGAAGAAAAAUCACUCAAAAAAGUCAGACGAAAGAUCAAAAACAAGAUAUCAGCACAAGAAAGCAGGCGGAAAAAGAAGGAAUACGUUGACUGCUUAGAGAAAAGGGUUGAGGGUUAUACAUCAGAAAAUACAGAUCUCAGGAAGAAGCUUGAAUCCCUUGAAAAUACCAACAAGGCAUUGAUGUCACAAUUACAUCGCUUACAAGCCCUUGUCAGUAAAGUUUCCAAACCCAUAAAGGCCACCUCUACACAAACCGGUACCUGUCUUAUGGUAUUAGUAUUAUUUUUUGCAUUAUUUCUUGGAAGCUGGUCUCCCACGCCCACAACAGAUUCCUCUGGUUACAUUAAGAUGCCCCAUCAAAGUUCAGCCUCUUCUAAUCCUUCUGAGUAUCAUUCGCAUAAAUCAUACGGACCAGUUCCAGCCAGUGCCACUUAUGAUCCAUACAGCACUCCUAGUAUUCGUUCUUCUAGGGUUCUUUUAUCUGUUGAAGAAGAGGGAUCUUACCCAGAACCUCCAUAUCCAUAUGCUUCAAAACUGGAUAACCUGGGGAAAUUGCUGGAAGAAAACUAUACUGGAAAACCUUUCCGUGUAGAAGCUCUUGAUGCGAAUGUAGACGAGAAAGCUCUGAUUCUGGAAAAAUCUUUGGAAAUGAAUUACACAAAAAUUCAUCCUGAUAUGAAAGUUGCGGAAAUGUCUGAAUAUCAAGCUAUGAUGCAUCCGGAUAUUGCCACAGAAAUCCAUGCAAAAUAUGUUGCCAUGGAAACGAUGGCUCGAAUAAAUAAUACUUCCAGCAAAUGAAGUGUGCACUGGUUGGACAAAUCAGUUUAUUAAUGGAUCUUAACAUCAUCAACUUAAGAUCUUUACAGAUCCAUGCCAUGGAGAAAAAGUUUGAGUUGUUGAAAAAUAAAAAUAAAAUAAAUCACGAAGGCUACUUUACUUGUACAUAAAUUCAUAUGAGGGUCUCUUGUAAACAAAUAUAAUACUAUAAAUUCACUUCUAUCUUUCUGCAUAUCAAAUGUAAUAUGAUUCAAGAAUAUACAUUUCAGGCUAGCUUUAUCAUCCUUUAUAGUGAAAAUGGUAGAAUCUAUACCAUAUAUUGGAAACAUAGCUUAACAAAAAAUAUAAAUUAAAACAAAGCUUGCAUAUUUAAAACUUUUCUUCGGAAUUAUUUUUUUGUAGCUAGAGAAUCGUUGAGGGGAGAUUUUUUUUUUUAAAUUUUGUUGUAUUUUAAGUAGUUUAAAAAUGUUUUUGAAUUUUUUUUUUUUUUUGAGUAAAACGAGAUAUGGAGUAGUCGCUGUACUUCACACAAAAAGAAAAGUAUAUUUUAAUUGUUUGUUUUUGAAGCUUUGAAGAUUUUAUUAUAUUAUGUUGCAAUAUGUUUUGCAUGCCGUUUUCAUUCCAAUUUUUUGGGGUUAAAAUGUAGUAAACAACUUUUAAAAAAUCCAAAAUGUCAAAAGAUUUCCCAGAAUUAAUAAUUAUGCUGCCAAAUAUACUAUAUUCUUGAGUCGGUAUUUUGAAAUCCAUGUAGAAUAAAUAAAAUAUAUUAAUUCAAAUUC